AUGAGUAAUGUUACCAACCAAAAUGGAACAGGUCUAGAGCAGCAGCUUGCUGGUCUGGACUUGCAGCCUCAGGCUCCUAAGAGUACUGGCCGCUAUAUUCCUCCGCAUCUGCGUAGGCAGUUGGAGGCCAAAGGUGACGAAUCUAAGCGUCCCAGCUUAGAUUCUCGUCCUAGCGACGCUCGGGACAACCGUUCAUCAUACGGAGGCAACUCUAGGACCUACGACCGUGGUGGUCGGCGCGACGACCGCGACCGUGACCGCGACCGUGACUACGAUCGCGGCUACGACUCGCGAUUCCCGCGCAGAGACCGCGGUCGUGAUUCCGGAUAUCAAAAUGGAGACUCCGAGCGGUGGGUGGAGCCGGAGCGCGGGGGCGGGGGCGGGGGUGGUGGUACCAGGGAGGCUCCGAGCGGGGGCCGCAACAUGCCGUCUCGCGACGUGCGACGCGACGAGGAUUACAACGAACCGCCGCAGCCGCGCAACGAUCGCUGGAAGGAGCCGGAGCCGCGCGAGGAGCGACCGCACUCCCGCUGGUCCGACGACGUGCGACGUUCCUCGUCGCGCCGGGACGAGAACGAUUGGACAAUCCCGCUACCUCGCGACGAGCGGCAGGAGCUGGAGCUGUUUGGCACUGGAAAUACGGGCAUCAACUUCUCGAAAUACGAGGAUAUACCGGUUGAGGCCAGCGGCGAGAACGUCCCGGACUUCAUUACAAGUUUCGAGGAUGUUAACCUGACAGAAAUAAUGCGUUCGAACAUAGCGCUAGCCCGCUACGACAAGCCGACACCGGUGCAGAAGUACGCGAUACCGAUCGUUCUGGGGCGUAGGGACGUGAUGGCGUGCGCGCAGACCGGCUCCGGCAAGACCGCGGCCUUCCUUGUACCCAUCCUCAACCAGAUGUAUGAAGCGGGACCCGUUAAGCAUAUGGGCCCCGGUGUCAAACGCAAACAGUACCCACUCGGCCUCGUGCUAGCCCCGACACGCGAGCUCGCCACACAGAUUUACGACGAGGCAAGAAAAUUCGCGUACCGCUCGCGCGUGCGACCCUGCGUGGUAUACGGCGGUUCCCCGAUCCAAGACCAGUUCCGCGAGCUGGACCGUGGCUGCCACCUGCUGGUCGCGACGCCGGGCCGCCUCGUGGACAUGCUGCAUCGCGGACGCGUGGCACUUGACCACUGCCGACAUCUCGUUCUCGAUGAAGCUGACCGCAUGCUGGACAUGGGCUUCGAGCCCCAGAUACGAAAGAUCGUCGAGGGCCACACGAUGCCCAAGACCGGCGAACGGCAGACUCUCAUGUUCUCGGCGACGUUCCCCAAGCAGAUUCAAGAGUUAGCCCAGGCUUUUCUCUAUAAUUACGUGUUUCUCGCCGUCGGUCGCGUCGGUUCGACCUCUGAAAAUAUUACCCAAAAGGUGGUAUGGGUAGAAGAAGCAGAUAAAAGGUCCUUCCUUUUGGAUUUACUCAACGCGUCCAACUUGCUUAAUCCGUCACGGCCAGAAGAAGAUCAACUUACCCUUGUCUUCGUUGAGACAAAAAAAGGUGCUGAUCAACUCGAGGACUUCCUAGACGCAGAUGGGUACCCAGUGACGUCCAUUCAUGGUGACCGCUCGCAGCGCGAGAGAGAGGAAGCCCUCCGUCGCUUCAGAUCGGGACAGACACCGAUUCUUGUUGCCACUGCCGUUGCUGCUAGAGGCUUGGAUAUACCACACGUACGUCACGUAAUCAACUUCGACCUGCCGUCGGACGUCGAGGAAUACGUGCAUCGUAUCGGUCGUACGGGCCGCAUGGGUAAUCUCGGGGUCGCCACAUCGUUCUUCAACGACUCCAACCGCGGCCUGGCGAGGGAACUCGUUGAGUUACUUAUUGAAGCGAAGCAGGAUGUGCCUAAUUGGCUAACGAGCGCAGCAGUGGAGGGUCGGCUGGGUGGUGGUGGACGGCGCGCGGGCAGUCGCUCGGGCGGCGGUCGCUUCGGUUCCAGCAGCUUCGGCGCUCGAGACUUCCGGACACAGUCGCGGCAGGCUCCGCGCUCUGCUGGCCCCUCCAGCAUCAACUCUGGCUUCGCCUACGGUGGUGGCGGUUCAUACGGCGGGAACUACGGCGGGUCUUACGGCGGCGGUGGAGGGGGCAACAGCGGAGGCACUGACUGGUGGGGCGACUCUUAAGCGCCUCGCCUCGCACCGCCCGCCUGCUUUACUGCAUCUACCUUCCGUACCUCGGUACUUAGGCAGAGUCCCCCUUACAAUAUGUUAUCAUUCCUGAACUACCCAGUCACGAAACCGAGUCACAACAUUCUUGUUUCUGUAUUUGACAUAAUUUAUUACUUGAGGCUCUGCUCUAAAUAUCAUCCCAAAAUGUGCCACCUUCGUGUUAUUUUGCACUCUAAACAUGCGUCUAGAUUAAUGUGUUGUAUUCGGAGAGUAGGGAUAAAAUAUAUCGGUGAUCACGCUUAUAUGGAGAGAGCGGUGCGAUUAAUAUGUGUUUGUGUGACGCGCCGUAAGCGCUGAAUCUCAGGUGCGCGGCUCGCGGCAGCGUCCAUUUCUUAAAAUCGUUUAUAUAAAUUCAUCAGGCAUAUUUGCCUAUAUUUUAGACACGCAAGGCAGUUGCGAUCAAUUACGGACUCUCGAUUAGCGUGUUAUGAUACACGUUUCGUUUGCAUUGCGUCGGAUUGGUCGUGGCUCGCACGCGUUUUAUCAUUUCUCAGUAAUGAUGUGAGUAGUCGAUUAAUAUAGAAAUAUUUUUGAUGUUUGAUCUGUAUCGUGAAUCCGUUCGAAUGAUGUAUCUAUGUAUUUCAAUUUUUCUAUUUUCUUACUGUCUCGUUGCUGAUUCACUACUUCCGAUUAUAAAAUUUUGAAGCAUUUAUGCACCCUAAUGUCGAUGUGUAGCUAUUUAUUGCAGUAGAUAAUGUCGAAAAUACCGAUACAGUAUCAUAAUAAUGUACUAAAUUUUAUCUGUAGAAAUCCCAUUAUGUAACAUCUGUCAACAUCGUGGUAUAAUAAUUUGAAUGUGAAUUUACCAAUAAAAAUUAAGAAACAAGAUAAA